GCCCCGCCCCUCCCCCAGCUGCGUGCCGCUCCCUUAAGGCGGCCGAGGUUCGCUUCGCCCCGCUCGGCGGCCGCCGCCAUCAUGGAGCCGCAGCCGGACAGCCUGGAGGGGUGGGUGGCCGUGCGCGACACCGCCUUCGCCGAGCCCCAGCCGCCGCCGCGCCUCCGCUUCCUGGUGGGCUGGAACGAGGCGGAGGGCGCCUUCGCCGUCACCUGCCACUGCCGGGCCGAGGCGGCGGAGCGGGCCCCGCAGAGCUGGGCCGGCCUCUUCUCGGCUCCGGCCCUGCGCGGCGUCCACCGGCAGCUGGCGGCCGUCUGCCCGCGCCUGGAGCCCGCCUUGCCCGCGCUGCCGCCCGCGCCGCCCGGCGCUUCGGGCGGGCUCUGGGCCGUGCUGUUCCCCGGCGGCGCGGCGCCGGACGAGGCCGAGGUGGCGGAGCUGUGCCGGCAGCUGGAGCGUUACCUGGGCUGGGCGCUGGAGCUGUGCGGCGGCCGCGUGCUGCUGGACGUCCUCUUCGCCGCCGACCGCCGCCGCGACGACGAGUACUUCGAGAGCCUGCACGAGUUCCGCGGGAAGGCCCUGCGCGGCCACCUGGCCCGGGCCAAGGAGGGCCUGCGGCGGGUUCUUCAGCAGCAUAAAAAUGCUGACACAAUGGUGGCUUUGAUGAAGGUUUAUGAGGAAGAAGACGAAGCUUAUCAGGAUUUGGUUACCAUGGCAACACAGUUCUACCAGUACUUGCUGCAGCCCUUCCGAGACAUGCGGGAACUGGCGACACUGUGCAAACUGGAAAUCCUGAAAUCUUUACAGUAUGAUAACCUGGGACCUAAAAGAGUAGCAGCUUUGCAAAAAGAUGCUGAAGAAUGGACUAAGCGAGCUGAGAGUGCUGUGUGCUCCAUUCAGGAUAUAACUGUGAAGUACUUCAAGGAAACUGUGAAGGCUCUGUCAGCAAUGCACAAGCAGAUGGAACAAGACCAGGAAAGAUUUGGUAAAGCCACCUGGGCUUCAGCUUUGCCACGACUAGAAAACCUGAAAUGUAUGUUAGCUAAAGAGACCCUUCAGCAUCUGAGGGCAAGAGAAUUAUGCCUGAAACAGAAGAGAGCUGCUAUUCAGAAAAAUAUGGAGAACCUCAAUGAACAAGAAGAGAAUGUAACUGUAGCAGAGGAGCUAGAAAUAUAUUACUAUGAAACCCAAUUGGAAUUAUAUAAUGUACAGCUUGACGUAUUGAAACAUGAAGAAAUGCUGCUUAUUGUACAGUUGGACACUUUGAGGAGACAGAUUAAAGAGAAACAGGAUGAAGUUGUUUACUAUGAUACAUGUGAAAAUCCUGAGGAGCUGAAGGUCAUUGAACAGACAAUGGAACACCAUUAUGCUAACUUGUCAGAAAUGACGGUGCUGAGGCAGAAGACUAAGCAGUUGGAGACAAAGCGUGGGACUGUCUGUGCGAGGAGAGCCUACCUCAGGAACAAAAAAGAUCAGUGUGAAGCAAGCCAUCGGCAGAGACUCCAGCAAGCAGAAGAGUGGAAAAAACGUUUCCAACAGCAUCACAGCAUACAAAUAAAAAGAGACAAACAAAAAGAGGAAGAGAAAAAGAAAAAAGCUUGGAUAAGCCAGGAACGUCAGAAAACACUGGAGAGACUGAAGACAUUCAGGGAGAAGUGUCCAGCUCACGUUGUGCUGAAAACAUCUCAUCCAGAGCCUCUCAGUCUUAGAUUGCCACGAAACAUCCCUCGGAAGGCUGCGGUAGCGUGCCCUCCUCCUCCAUCAAGAGCAACGCCAGCACCAGAGCAGCCAAAGAGCUUGCUGCUAGUAGAAGCACAAGUAUCAGAAGCUUCACACGAGAAUACCACAGCAGAUAUCCCUGUCCAAAGUUUUAUUACUGCUGAUGAUUUGAAGCAGAAAAAGCACAGCGAGGAGUUGGUCUCUCCAUCCUUACCUCUUCCACCACCUCUACCUCCUCCACCUGCUCCACCACUACCUCCUCCCUUACCUUUGCAUUUAAAGACAAAACCAACAGUAGAGGACAAGCCACUUCCCCUUAGCUCUCAUGACCCUUUAGAAAGCCCUGCAGUGCACAAACAGGAUGACUCAUCCAGGAGGUCUAUAAAUAAUUGCAUAGGUACAAUGGAUGAGGUGUUGGCUUCUCUAAAACGUGGUGAAGUUCAUCUUCGCAAAGUGGAACAGCCAAAUCCAUAUGCCUCUGUGAAAGACAACAUUCUCUCUGCCAUAAGGCAAGGAGUUAAACUAAGAAAAGUGAAUAGAGAUACUGAAAAAGAUGUCAGUAAAGACUCUACUAAUGAGCUGGAAAGAAGCAUUAAAGCAGUCAUCCAGAGAAUUAAGAAAGUGUCUGCUGAUUCUGAAGAAGAGGAAAAUAAUGAUCAGAAUAAUGGAGAAUGGGACAGCUAAGCAAUUUAGACUAACAGACUA